UCCGACCCGGAUCAGAAUAGGCCAGGACCGCAGGACUGGCUGGAAGAAGUGAACGUUCAAACCGUUGAAGAGUCCUGUGCAGUUCGCAAAACUGUCUCGUCAAUUUGUAAAUCUCAAAGAGAACUUCCAUUGUUUUAGAUGGCGUCGCGCGCGCGAUAAUGAUACAAUGGAUUCUGCAGUUCUGUCUCUGCUUCUCUUCGUCUUCCUAAUUUCUUCUUCUUCAGGUAAACCUAAUGGAGUGUGCAUUUCCCCUGGUGGCCGCUUUCCUCCAUUCUCAUCUGAAGGGAAACCUCCUAGAAAAGUAAAUAGAGGUCCCAAAGAUUUGACUCUUUGCAGGGUGUUCCGAAGAAACACGUGCUGUGAUGUAUCCCAGACGCAUCCAGCUCUGGUAACCAUAAGAAGGUUGGCUUCCGCAGGGGAAGCCAGCCAAGAGUGCUUACAAUUAUGGGAACUUUUGGAAUGCUCCAUCUGUGAUCCACAUGUUGGUGUUCAGCCUGGACCUCCUCUUGUGUGUGCUUCUUUUUGUGAUAGGGUCUUCCAGGCUUGCUCAAAUGCUUACUUCUCUAUGGAUCCAAUGACCCAAGUUCUGUCCCCGUGCGGAUUAAGUGACUUUGUUUGUGGUAGAGCUUCUGAGUGGGCCUCUAACAGUACGGAGCUCUGCCAACUUGCAGGUUUUGCUGUUAAAUUGUCUGAGGAAGGGUACCAGGGUGCUGAAGAACCAUCCUGCUAUGGUGGGAAAGCCAGUUUAGAUUCCAUUGCAGAUUCAUUGAAGUCUUCGCAAUCUGGGGUAUAUCACAAAGCUGAGAAUGCAGGUGUUUUUGAAGAUUUUCAGCAGUGGGUGAGGGAAAUGCCAUUUAGUGAAAGGGUAUCAUGGGCAGUUGGAGGGAUGGUGCUCACAGCAGGACUUUUGUUUGUGAGCAAAAGGAAAAGCCACAUCAAACGCCAAAAGCAAGAAGCCAUUCUGCGCACUGCGAAGAAACUUGAAGCUAAGAUGAGCCAGCAGUCUCCGACUAGUCGAGGGAAGAGGAAGUGAAGCAGAUGCUAAAUAUCUUUUUUGUGUCUUAGUGUUUUCUAACUCAUUUUCCUUUUUAUAUUUAUUGGUUAAUUGUAGAAUCUUUCAUUAUUUGCUAGGUGGUUGUUUGUUUACAGUGUCUUAGCUUAAUUUUUCAGUGUUGGCUCAGGAAGAUGUCUGUGACACAAAUUACGUCGUAAGGCAACGUUCUUAUACACAUUUAUGUUCCCUUUCAACUAUGUGAUUUAUGACAAGUAUGGAGUUGUUUUUUAUCAAAAAAAAAAAUUGAAUCAGAUUUUCUCA